GGAUUGAGUAGCGACACGCCUAACUUAGACAGAAGUAAUCGCAUGUCUGUGUGCGCGAUUAAAAUGGCUGAUGUAAACAUAAAGCAAGCGUUACAGAAAAGUGUUAAAAUUGCACCUGGGGCUGUAGUUUGUGUGGAAAGUGAAAUAAGAGGUGAAGUGACCAUAGGACCCAGAACAGUUGUACAUCCUAAAGCGCGAAUUCUUGCUGAAGCAGGGCCAAUAAUUAUUGGAGAAGGCAACUUGAUUGAGGAGCAAGCAGUUAUCAUUAACAGCUAUCCUGAAAAUAUUACCCCAGAUACUGAAGACAUCCUUCCUAAAACUAUGACUAUAGGAACUAAUAAUGUUUUUGAAGUUGGAUGCGUUACUCAAGCAAUGAAGAUUGGUGAUAACAAUGUAAUUGAAUCAAAAGCUGAAGUUGGAAGAAAUGUGAUUCUUACCAGUGGAUGCAUUAUUGGAGCUUUCUGCCAAGUUAAUACAUGUGAAGUCAUCCCAGAAAAUACAGUCAUCUAUGGCUCAGGGUGCAUGCGGCGGGUGCAGACGGAAAGACCACAGCCUCAGACUCUUCAGCUGGAUUUUUUAAUGAAGAUUCUUCCAAACUAUCAUCAUUUGAAAAAAACGUUGAAAGGAACUUCAACACCUGCAAAAAACUAAAAUGUAAAGAAAAUUUGAUUACAUUUAAAAGUAUUUAACACAUAAUACUGUAAUUCAUAUAGGAGUUCAUAUGAUUAUGCCCUUUUUCAGUUUUUUCAGAUUAUAGCUGCUACCUGAAACUUUAACUCUAACUUGUUAUUAUCAUGUCUAAUUGACCAGUUUAAAAGUAAAGAGGAAGUAUGUAAGUAAAAAUGUUGGAACUAAACCUAUUUGAAAUGUA